AUGCAACGUACAGUCCCAUUCCCAGCUGAAAAUACAUAUAUUAUACAACUUAAUACGACACUGCGAGAGCCGACUCAGAGUUAUACCUAUGCGCCAUUAAAAUUUGGAUCUGACGAUGUUCGAAUUAAAUAUUCAAACAACCAGCUGGUAUUCACUGGCCAGAUUAGUGUGGAUGAUGAAGUAGUGAUUGAUUGGUUAUUUUCUGAAUACAUCCUUGAAAGUUUUCCCAAUGGAACCUUAAUCGAUGUUGAAUUUCAAGGAGUAAAACAAAGCAAUGACGGUACACUUGAAACAACAUCGACGAUCGUUAUUGCGCAAGCCAUCACCGUGGAAUCAUUAGACAAUGGACGAUAUUUCUAUCAGUUCCGAAUACCAUCAAGUGUCUCAACACAAAGUACCCAUACGGGUUUCAUUCGGGUGGUGGCUCGAUACAAUAGCGUAAUCUAUGCCGGCUUGAACACAGGUAUUUUGGCCAUCAAAUUACAAGCGUCACUAGCUAAUGACCUGUGUAGAAGUUGGGAAAGUCAACAACCGGAAGCGACGACAUGGAAUACUGAUAUGUUACCAUGUCCAAUGACACGAGACCAAGCAAUGGCAGCACGUUGUUGUUAUGAACUAGAUCAAGAAUGUUUCAUUGGCAGUACAAAUCCCAGCAAUUGUUGGUUGCAUAAAGGUCGACCAAUGUAUAAUGAAGCAUCUGCAACAUCAUGCUAUCUAUCUAAGGGUACAAAUCGUUUUAGCGCAGGUGGUGAAUGUUGUUACGAUUCAAGCGAUCAGUUGAUCACACGAGGUACAGGUGCCGGCUCCGAUGAUCGUUAUCGUCCAAAUUCAUCACCAGUUGGACAUUUCUAUUCAGAUAUUGUUUCAUAUAUCUGGUGUUGUUUAUUGAGCGAUAACUCGGAAACGUGUGAUACUUAUUACAGACUGAGACCGACUCGACGGGGUAGUAAUACAAUGGGUGAAAAUGGUGGUACAUGGGGCGAUCCGCACUAUACCACACUAGAUGGUACUUCGUACACAUUCAACGGGUAUGGUGAAUACACAUAUUUGGCUAUUAUCGACAGUAGUGUUACUUCUCCACCUGCCAUUUUUGAUCCAUCCUUACAAUACAAAUUCAUGUCGCAAAUAAGAACAGUUGCCUUACCAAAUGCCACUCUGAAUGCAACGGUGACAAAAUCAUUUGUGGGCCUAUCCAAUGACAUCGAUGCACAACCUGUUAGUGUCACAGUGGCACGACGAGAAUUUUUGAUUAUUCGACGGGGUAAUGAGACGCUAGAUUUGGAACCAACAUCGACCACCGAUUCCAGCGCACCAGAUACAAAUAUCAUUAGUCUGCACUUUUCGGAUAUGACAAUUGAGAAAAAUCUGACAAGUGAAACCAUUAUCAUUUCGUGGCCUAUUGGUGUUAGUAUUCAAAUUACACCGGUCGAAAUUGCUGUGCCGUAUCCAGGUGUGGUGUUGAAUGUCGCAGCAUCCGUUGCUGGAAUUUUCAAAGAUCGAACAUACGGAUUAUUGGGCACUUAUGAUGGUAAUGCAACAAAUGAUCUUCGAAGUAGUCAGGGCGAAGUUAUUAGUGCUAGUGAACCAACGGAAGUAAUUCAUAAUCGAUUUGGCAAAACAUGGCAAAUUGAUCCUGCGAGAACCUUACUUUACUAUGAAUCGGGUACAAAUACAGCAGCAUGGUACAAACAACAAAAUGACCAAUAUAAACCCAUCUUCACUGAACCAACUCUGACACCAGCACAGGACUCACAAAUACGUCAAACAUGCCAAAUCCCUACCGAUUUAGCUCCAUCAUUUUGGAACAUUGCACAGCGCACUUGCCACUAUGAUAUCUCCGUUACCAAUGAUUUCGCGUUUGGUCAAACCUCUCUUUCUGCUGGUGACGAACAAAUUAUUCUACGUGAACAACAACGGCAAGCACCGCUGUUCAAUACAUCCUUACCACUCGGUUUCAAUGUCACCGAAUCGCAAACCUAUAGAUUCACAUUCAAAGCUAAAAGUGAAUAUACAACAAUCAUUCACUAUGAUUCUCUUCAUUUACCAUCAUCGUCUACCUUUGAUAAACAAACUGGUCUGUUCGAAUGGAACGUGCCAAAAUAUGCAAAAGACAACGACCGUACUUAUGAAUUGACAAUCUCUGAGUAUAUUUGUCAAAUAAAACAAAUUAAUCUAACCACGAAAAGCAAAAGAAUUAUGCAAGCAUUAUUUCAACAGAUUGCGCAUUUGAAUCAACAACUAAACCAGUUACUUUUAGAACAAGGACAAUUAAUUCAUAAACAAGGACAAUUAAUUCGUAAACAAGGUCUAUUUAUUCGUCAUCAAGGUCAUCUAAUCCAAAACCAAAGUCAUUGGUAUCAUAAACGGAAUCGUCUAGUGGCCAAUCAGUUACCUAAAACGUUGAAAGUUAUAGGUAAAGAAUUAGAUGAGAUAAUGGAAGUGUUCCAUAGUAUAAAUGAACGACUAGAUCAAAUUUUCCGUCACUUAUCUCAAUUAUUUCAACAGCAAAAUCAAUUAGUUCAACAAUAUCAUCAGUUAUCACAAACAAGGUCGUUCAACUAUUGGUAUGACUACUUUUAA